AUGUCAGGUCGUGGCAAGGGCGGCAAGGGUCUCGGGAAGGGCGGUGCGAAGCGCCACCGCAAGAUUCUGCGCGACAACAUCCAGGGUAUUACGAAGCCUGCUAUCCGGCGUCUGGCGCGCCGCGGCGGUGUGAAGCGCAUCUCCGGCCUCAUCUACGAGGAGACGCGGAACGUUCUGAAGGUAUUUCUGGAGUCGGUGAUCCGCGACGCGGUGACGUAUACGGAGCACGGCCGGCGCAAGACGGUGACCGCGAUGGACGUCGUGUACGCGCUGAAGCGCCAGGGCCGUACGCUCUACGGCUUUGGUGGCUAA